AUGAACCCACAGCGGGAAGACAAUGCGCUUGCGCAAGUCGUUAACCAGUCGGGACUCAGCGGCAGAAGCGGAGGCGGAGCUUGUGGAAACGGCUGCCGCAGGGUUGGUGGACUUGGGAAAGAGCGAAGAUGGCGGAGUGAGGCGUGCGGGUGGGAGCCGGCCGUUGGGCCGGGGGCGGAAAGGCCCCUGGAGUGUCCACUGCUUCUUCUGGUCGGUGCGAGGAAGAACAUUUUCUUUGGCUUCCAGGUGCUUUUAUACAUCUUGAGAAGAAAGCAAAAAUCAGAACUCAGGAUUUGGCAAGUAUUCUGUGUUGUCUCCUGGAGUAGGUAGUCCUUUUAUCCAGCCACUUUCCCUGUUCUUGAAAUGUGGAUAUCUCUUCUCUACACAUUUUACCUCCAUGAUUUGGAUCGGAAAAGGCUGCUUUUCUUUUUGUUCCACUUCUCAGAUUCAACAUUGAGAAGCUCCUAGGAUGCACUUGUCUUGCCAAGUUCUCCAGGAAGAAAGAAGCAACUGACAUGCAUGUUCUGCUUUUUGCUUAAUUAUAAAGAAGUUAUUUUGGAAGCUGAGGCUGAUGUUUAAUUUGAAAAAGGUGCUUAGAUGUUGGUGUUUGUGAAUUCUUUACCUUUUGUUCCAAACAAGAAGAAUAAAUAAAUAGCAAGUAUGGAUGACAUCA